GGGGUACUAUGGGACUGCUCUUGAGCUGUACAAGCACGUUCGGCCUCUGUAUAUGGACAGCAGUUCAUUCUGACGUUGUUCCUGUGAAGCAACGUCGGGCGAGAGUCUAUUAUAAACUGUCACUGAUGCUAUUUGCUGCACUGGUUCCGGAGUUUGUGUUAUAUUUUGCUGUAGCUCAACGAAUACGAGCAAGGAAGAUAUGCGGCGCUUGGCGGAGCGCUUGGGAGAAUCAACCCGAAUAUCAGGAUUGGCUCCAAACGUCUGGAGCAUUCUUUGCUGUUAUGGGGGGGUUCGUGGUGAAAGUGAAUGAGCAAAGCGAAGGACUCGACCUUGUUACAACUAUUCGCCCAUCAGGAUUUGAAAAAUUACUGGAGCACGAGACUUUCAAGGACCUUAUCAGGAAAAAGGUUCUUACCCAAGCACAACUUGGCCACCAGAACAUUGAGGACAAGGGCAAGGCUAGUGACAUUGCAAAACUCGUUGUCGCUAUUCAGAUCUUGUGGAUGGUUGUACAAUGUAUUGGCCGAAAGGCUACAGGCCUACCGGUAACAUUACUUGAGGCCCAUAUCCUAAUCCAAAUCUUGUAUUCGGUCAUAGCAUAUUUCUGCUGGUGGGAGAAACCACUAGACAUUGGGGAACCUAUUGCUCUUUCAUUGGAUUCAAACUUGUUGUCGCUCUUGGGACAUGAUGUCAAUGCAGAAGGUACUGGUUACUUUCGGAAGCAAUAUUUCAUUACUGAGAGAAGAGACCGAUGUGAGUUUUUGCGUAUGUCAGCUCGUGCAGCAUAUGACAUUGGAGCGAACUAUCCCAGCAACAUACAUGUCUGGGCCACGAUUAUGGCGAUCAUUAACGGUGUCCUUCACGCUACAGUGUGGAAUUCACACUUUCCUACUUCCACAGAGCGCCUUCUUUGGCGUAUAUCAGCUCUCGGCCUAGGGGCAUUUCCCCUAGCUUUAUGCUUGGCCGUUUGGGAGAAGGAUAUAGAACAGUACGUUAUGCGAGGGGUCUAUGAUCUGCGGUUUGCAGACGGCCAUAUGGUAACCUACUGGUCGAAAGCUAUAGUUACAAUGCUUCGGUGUGCCGCAGAGGGAGACGAGAUAGAAGAUGCACCGGACGAGCAUUCAAGCAAGCAUUCAAACAAAUGGCCAGCAGGGCUCCCCAUCUGGUCUCGGUUCUUGGUUGUUGGAAUAAUGCCUCUGGGCCGUGUUGGUGUGAGAAGCUUGCCGGCAGGCGCAUACUCUACUCCCCGAUGGUCCAACCUUUUUCCACAUUUCUAG